UGGUCGCCGGCGUCCGGCUCAGAAUUCUCUCGCCCGCUUCAGCCGGCAGCAGCAUGAAGUUGCCGCCAAGCCUGUGCGGAGGCGCCCUGUUGGCGCUGCUUCUUACUUGUGGCAUCCCUGGGGUCUGCGGAGAGGAGAGGCGAUUUCCACCAGGCCAGGCCACACAGCCACUUCUGGGUGACGGAGAGAUCAUGACGCCCCCCACAAGGACCUCUGGGCCUGGGAUGUCCAACACCAGCCUGCCAAGGUCGUCAGCAUCUCCACAGGUGCCUCAAGGAGGGAGGACAGCUGCUGGCCGGACUCGCUCUCUUCCUCCUCCCCAGUGCAAAAGGCCGACCGAGAUCAAGGACACUUUCAAGUAUAUCAAUACAGUAGUGUCAUGCCUCGUGUUCCUAUUGGGCAUUGUCGGGAACUCUACCUUGCUGAGAAUCAUUUACAAGAACAAGUGCAUGAGAAAUGGACCCAAUAUCUUAAUUGCCAGCCUGGCUUUAGGAGAUUUGCUGCACAUCGUGAUUGACAUCCCCAUCAAUGUCUACAAGCUCCUCAUGGCAGACUGGCCCUUUGGAGUUGAGAUGUGCAAGCUGGUACCUUUCAUACAGAAGGCCUCCGUGGGAAUCACUGUGCUAAGUCUAUGUGCUCUGAGUAUCGACAGGUAUCGAGCUGUUGUUUCUUGGAGUCGAAUUAAAGGAAUUGGGGUGCCAAAAUGGACAGCAGUCGAAAUUGUUUUAAUCUGGGUGGUCUCUGUGGUUCUGGCUGUCCCUGAAGCCAUAGCUUUUGAUGUGACGACAAUCGACUAUCGAGGACGUUCACUGCGAAUCUGCUGGCUUAAUCCCAUGCAGAAAACAGCCUUCAUGGAGUUUUACAAGAAAGCUAAAGAUUGGUGGCUAUUUAGUUUCUAUUUCUGCUUGCCACUGGCCAUAACCAUGUUUUUUUAUACACUGAUGACUUGUGAAAUGUUGAGAAAGAAGAGUGGCAUGCAAAUUGCUUUAAAUGAUCACUUAAAACAGAGACGAGAAGUGGCCAAAACGGUCUUUUGCCUGGUCCUUGUCUUCGCCCUGUGUUGGCUUCCCCUGCAUCUCAGCAGGAUUUUGAAGCUCACUCUUUAUGAUCAAAAUGACCCGAGUAGAUGUGAACUUUUGAGCUUUCUCUUGGUUUUAGACUACGUUGGCAUCAACAUGGCCUCCCUGAAUUCCUGCAUUAAUCCAAUCGCUCUGUAUUUGGUGAGCAAAAGAUUCAAAAACUGCUUUAAGUCCUGCCUAUGCUGCUGGUGCCAGUCAUUUGAAGAAAAACAGUCCUUGGAAGAAAAGCAAUCAUGCUUAAAGUUCAAAGCUAAUGAACCCGGAUAUGACAACUUCCGUUCCAGUAAUAAAUAUAGUUCAUCUUGAAAGAAGGAAUAUUCAGUUACUCACGUCUUCUUCCUUUUUCUUUUCUGGACAGAAGUCAUUAAAAUAAUGAAAUGUUUGCCAAGACAACACAAAAACACUGUGCCUGGACCAAAAAUGGUAUGACAACAUACGAGUAAUUAUUAAUAUUCAUAAUCACACAUGGCAUGUUAUGAGCUGUUGAUAAUGUGAGAAGAAAAGCAGUGAAAAGGAAGAUGCCUCUGUGAAAGCACUUAACUUUUAGCUAGCACUUCAGUGUAACUCUUAAUACCAUCCAAUGUAUUCAUGCAUCAUUCAUGUUUAAAAUGAGCUCACUCAGAAUUCUUAUUGUUGUUGUCUUAGCUGCCGGGGGUCUGUCUGGACUCACUGAGACUCCAUGUGACGAAGUAGAACUGACCCAUAGGGUUUUCUUGAGUGUGAUCUUUGUGGAAGCAAAUUGGCAGGGGUUUUUUUCUCUUGCCAAGUCAUUAAUUGAUGACCUGUCAAGAGCUUAAUUGUUUGUGCCACUAAGACUCCUUAAAAUUCUUCUUAACCCUUUACCGGGGAGUCCAUUUUUACUCACAGCAGCCCUGUAAGACAGAGUAGAACAAACACCAGGAUUUCCAAAGCUGUCAAUCUCUACAGGCGCAGACUGCCACAGUUUUCUCUUUUCAGAAAAGCUAGUGGAUUGAACUCCUGGUCUUCUUGUUGGCAGUCAAGCCCUUUAACCACGGCACAAUCAUAACUCACAGAAUAUUUAAGAGGAUUAUUUUUAAAUUGGUCUGAGUGUGAUACAAAGGAAAAAUAUGUUGUGUGUAAAACAUGAUAUUUAAAUUACAAGUUUAAGUUAUUCCAUCGGAUUUUAAAAAUUCCUUUACAACAAAUUUUCUAUCAAUGAUUGUGCCACUGUUUGUCGAAUACAAACAUUUUCAAUAUAAAAUGUGCAAGCAGUUUAGCUGCUAUAUUGUGUGGACACUAGCAAUAUAUUAAAUGAUCUAGAUGGAGUAUCAGGAAGUGAGAGCUCAACUAAGCUUUUGCAAAUCAUUAAACGCUUUACAUUCAGAUGAGAUCAUACAUAAAGGUAAGAGAAUGAGGGUUUGGAAUGUUAUCCUGAAGCAUUUCUUUGAAAUCUCUCAUUCAUAACACUACAAAGAAAAUACUACCUACCUACAAGAUUUGCAGGGUUAUUAAAAUAUUCCUCAUCUUUCAUUCCUGUAGUCUAAGCUGUAUGAGUUUAGUUUCUUUAUGUGUAAGUAUUUCGCUACAUGCAGGGCACAUAGAAGAUUAAAUCUAGGGCAGGUCCCAUGUUCAUAACUUUACUAUGGAGAGACGCCAGUAACCUCAGAAUGGACAGAAUGUGAAUUGCCUGGAGCAAUGUUCACAUGGCUAAGGAUAAGGGAGCAUCCUCUCUCUCACUGAUGCUGCAGUUAAAAUUGUCUCUGGCAUUUGUAUAAUACUACAGCUCCUAUACUAUUUUCCCCCAAAUCUCUCAAAUUAGCCAAUUAACAGAUAUUGUAAGUUUAUGAAAGAAAAAUUGCCACUUAGUUGAUCCCUACUCUGCCACUGAGUACACCCAUUGCCAUGGAAUUGAUUCAGAGUCACCCUCUAAGACAGAAGAGAACUGCCCCUGGCUUCCCAAGGCUAUAAAUCACGGUGGAAGUUGACUCUUCUUUUUCAUUAGCAACCCAGUCCUUAACCACUGCACAACCAGCACUUUUUUUAUAAAGUGUAUUGCUGAUUUUUAUAUUGUUUUUCUGAAUGGCCAUUGAAAAUAGUUCUUGACCUGGUGUUUUUGUAUCAUUUAGAGGCAAAACUAUGCUUUGAAGCUCUAAUAACCUCCAGCUUUGUGCAUUCUUGCCUACUUCUUCAAUCUUCCCGACAAAGUGCCUUACAAUUCCUGGGAAUGGGAUGUGUGUGAAAGUAUGUCCAAGAGAAAACAGAAGAGAGAGGAAAUGAGGUGGGGUAGGAGGAAGCCCUUGGGAAAUGAUUUCCAUUCUUAGCCUAAUGUUCAUCAUUGCCCCGUCACAUCAGCGCAAAAGGUCCUGAUUAUGUUCCAGCAAAGCUCAGUGUAAUGUUCUCAGACUGACUUCAGGAGCGAAUGAAACCCACGAGCUUUUAACUCGGAGUUAAAAUACAACAGCAUUUACAUAUCUUUUUUUCUCUCUUGGUAAUCUGGACCACGUGUUGGAAAUAAGCUGGCAAUAUUGUUUUCUGCCAAACCCCAACAAUGUAGCCAAAAAUAAAAGACUAAUUAAUUUACAUGCCAUACAAACUCACAAAUUACUUUAAAAAUUGUAUUUUCAUUUCUUCCCAAUCACCUUGUAAAAUGACUGUCAUUACAAAAGCUAUUUCUAGUUUUGAAAUUGGAUUCAAAAUUCAGAUUAAAACCUGGAUUACUAGGAGUGCCACAGUUUGUUUACAUAUCUACAAAUAUAUGAUAUAUAAUUCCCAUUUAAGCAUGGGCUCUUCAGUAUAUGAUUUGUAAUAAAAUUGUGCUCAAGAACUUUUCUAAAAAUAUUUGAUUCAAAAUUUCAAUAGACUAAGACAAACUGAUAGUAAAAAAUAGGAUUCCUUGGCAUAAGUCAGAUAGGAAAAGGUGCUACUGUUUAGCUUUAAAUAUUUUUCUCUUAAUAUAGAAAUAGGCAAAAAAUCAUGUUAACAUUGAUGUUAAAUCUCAAAGGAUUUAUUAAUGAGUUUAGCUUAUUUUUUCUUUAUACAGUAACUGCUAAUAUGUAAGUAUGUUCAAAGACAUUUAAGAGUUGAUAGCUGAAAUAUGACCAAAGAGACAAUUUUUAGCAAAACAGGGGUAUGCCCUAUCUUACUUCAUAAAAUUGUAAUAUAACCGUGCAAAAUAAUCAUAUAUUUUGUUUUGUUGUGGCCACUGAAAGUGACAGAUGCUGUAGUUGCUAACUCUUUACUAUGUAAACAAAAUCAAUAAACAUUAAACGUUGUUUUAAAA